UUUCUUCUUCCUCUCCAAGUCCCAACUCGUGGAGUCCAACGCCGCGGCUCCUCACCGAUCCCGGCCGCCCAACCCACUCCGAACCCUCCGCUUCCCACGCGCAUCGCCGCCAUCGCCGUUCCCGUUCCUCCUUCCUGCUGGGUUUUUCAGUUAAGGGUGUGAUCAUGUCUUCUUCAAUGGAGUCAACAUACCUUCCUGCUACUACUGAGUCAAUUGCAAAAGCUCAGGAGGCUAAGGAUGCUUCAGCGUCGAUUUCAAUCCUUUACCGUGUGAUUCAAGACCCGUCUUCUUCUCCAGAUGCACUGAGAACAAAAGAGCUUGCGAUUACUAACCUUACAAACUACCUCGCUAAAGAGAACCGAGCUGAGGAUCUGCGGAAUCUUUUGACCCAGCUCAGGCCAUUUUUCUCACUGAUUCCCAAGGCCAAGACUGCAAAAAUUGUCCGUGGAGUCAUUGAUGCUGUCGCCAAGAUUCCUGGAACAUCUGAUCUUCAGAUCUCACUCUGCAAGGAGAUGGUGGAAUGGACCCGUGCAGAGAAACGGACGUUCCUUAGGCAGCGUGUGGAGUCAAGGUUAGCGGCCCUUCUAUUAGAGAAUCGGGAGUACACUGAAGCCCUUACCCUCCUUACUGGUCUUAUCAAGGAAGUCAGGAGACUUGAUGACAAGUUGCUUCUUGUGGACAUUGACCUAUUGGAAAGCAAACUCCACUUCUCUCUGAGAAACCUGCCGAAGGCCAAAGCUUCAUUGACCGCUGCAAGAACAGCGGCUAAUGCCAUUUAUGUUCCACCAGCUCAGCAGGGCACUAUUGAUCUGCAGAGUGGAAUCCUUCACGCUGAGGAGAAGGAUUACAAAACUGCUUACAGCUACUUCUUUGAAGCAUUUGAGGCUUUCAAUGCACUGGAGGACCCAAGAGCUAUCUUCAGCUUGAAGUAUAUGCUCUUGUGCAAGAUAAUGGUUAACCAGGCUGAUGAUGUGGCUGGAAUAAUUUCAUCUAAGGCUAGCCUGAAGUAUGUGGGUCCUGAUGUUGAUGCCAUGAAAGCUGUAGCGGAUGCCUACUCUAAAAGAUCUCUCAAGUAUUUUGAAACCGCCCUUCGUGAUUAUAAAGCUCAGCUUGAGGAGGAUCCUAUUGUUCACAGGCAUCUUUCAUCACUGUAUGAUACCCUGCUGGAGCAGAAUCUCUGCAGGUUGAUUGAGCCAUACUCAAAAGUGGAGAUUGAGCAUAUCGCACAGAUGAUUGAAUUGCCCAUUGAUCAUGUUGAGAAGAAGUUGUCACAGAUGAUCCUUGACAAGAAAUUUGCUGGUACUCUGGAUCAAGGUGCUGGUUGCCUCAUUAUCUUUGAGGAACUCACAACCGAGGCUAUCUUCCCUGCUACACUCGAAACUAUUUCAAACGUUGGGAAGGUUGUGGACAGCCUUUACAUGAGGUCCGCGAAGAUCAUGGCUUGAAGUGCAGUAUUCGCGUGAUAGUUUAUCUGUUGAAUAUGAUUUUAUCUUGUUACAUUGAGUCUUCCAAGACACCUAAUCCUGUAUGUCAACACUUUAUUCUGCAUGUAUUUUAGUCUACCUUGACAACAGGAUAAUGUGUUGUUUCAGUGUGGUUGACGUGUAGCCGUGUACUUCCUUUUUCUACCUUGAUGAAGUUCGGCCUUAGGCCCUUCGAAAAAUAGUUGGUCCAACUAUAAAACCGAGUUAUGCUACUGCUACAUUUUUUUUAACGAUUGUCCAUUAACUUGUUUUU